AUGGGUUCAGUAACGGAGACGCAGCACUAUGACAUUCCUACCCACUGUAAAGCGGGCGUCGUUGUCAAUGAGGGACCGGGCUUUCACGUCGAGGUACAAAUGGUACCUGUUCCCGAGCCAGGACCCGACGAUAUCUUGAUUCGACUCAACUUCACGGGACUCUGCUCAUCGGAUAUCCAUAUGAUGCAGGGCGACUUGGGUAAUCCUCCCAUGUCUUUCUUCGGCGUUCGGUCCCCGGGUCAUGAAGGGGCUGGAAUUGUUGUCAAAGUCGGCGCGAAUGUGAAGAACUUUAAGCUUGGUGAUAGAGCCGGGAUUAAGCCACUCACUGAUACGUGUGGAUCUUGCCAUUUGUGCUGGGAUGAUAAGGAGACAUACUGCAAGACGGCGAUUCAUACUGGUUUGAUGACUGCUGGUACAUACCAGCAAUAUCUAGUUUCUCCCGCACGAUACGCAUCGCCAAUCCCCGAUGGUGUCCCUGAUGAAAUCGCCGCACCGAUUAUGUGCAGCGCAAGCACAAUCUACCGGUCGCUCCUUGAAUCCAAUCUAAAAUCAGGAUCUUGGGUAGUAUUCCCCGGUGGCGGAGGUGGUGUCGGUAUCCAAGGCGUACAACUAGCCAAGGCCAUGGGCAUGCGUCCCAUCGUCGUGGACACCGGAAAUGAGAAACGCGACCUAUCAAUCAAAAUGGGCGCAGAGGCAUUCGUCGAUUUCAAGGAGGAAGAGGAUCCUGCUAAGGCUGUUAUCAAGGUCGCGGAUGGAAUUGGUGUGCACGGCGUCUUUGUAACGGCUCCAGCUGCGUAUAAGACGGCGGUUACGUUUGUUGGUGAUCGGGUUGGAUCUAUGGUGAUGUGUAUUGGACUUCCUGCGGUUGGGUCUGUAGUUCUGGGAACGGAUCCUUGCGAGUAUAUUUUCAAGAAUCUUAGCAUCAAGGGGACCUUGGUGGGUAGUCGGAGGGAUACUGCGGUGGCUUUGGAUUUUGCUCGACGUGGGAUGCUUCAACAGAUUAGUGAGGUGUACCCACUGAAUAGGCUUCCUGAGGCGGUUGAAAAGCUCCGUAAGGGGCAGGUUGCGGGGCGAAUUGUGGUCAAUUUCAAUUGGGAAGAGUGA